AUGACCUUCAAGGCCUCGGACAUCCCCAACCUCUCUGGCAAGGUGGCCCUCGUCACCGGCGGCAAUGGCGGUCUCGGAGAGAUCUCGUGCCGCGAGCUGUCGGCCCACGGCGCCAAGGUCUUUAUGGCCUCGCGCAGCGAGUCCAAGGCGCGCGACGCCAUCGAGCGCAUCAAAAAGGCCCACCCGGACGCCGACGUCAGCUUCAUUGAGCUCGACCUGACCGAGCUGGCCAGCGUCAAGCGCGCCGCCGACCAGUUCAACGCCGCCAGCGACCGCCUCGACAUCCUCCUCAACAACGCCGGCGUCAUGGCCACGCCCUACGAGUUCACAAAGGACGGCCUGGAGCUGCAGAUGGGCACCAACGUCGUGGCCCACUACCUGCUGACGAUGCUGCUGCUGCCCAAGCUCGUCAAGACGUCGCAGCUGCCCGAGUACCAGCAGGGCGACGCCACGGUGCGCGUCGUCCAGGUGUCGAGCAUGGGCCACACCAUGACGCGCUCUCGGCCCGACUUCACCAGCCUCGAGGGCAUCAACAAGCAGUACGCGCCCGAGGUGCGCGGCACCUGGACGCGCUACGCCAACUCGAAGCUCGGCAACAUCCUCAUCGCCGACGAGCUCAAGCGGAUGCUGCCCGAGUCGGCGCGCAUCUCGAGCCUCUCGCUCCACCCGGGCGUCGUCAACACGGGCCUGCUGCGCGGCGCCAACCAGUCGUACGGCAGCCUGCUGGGCUCGUUCUUCAACCUCAGCUCGCGCCUCUUCUUUACCCACCCGGACCAGGGCGCCCUGACGCAGCUCUAUGCCUGCACCUCGCCCGAGGUCGACGGCAAGAAGCUGAGCGGCUCCUACUUCGUCCCCACGGCCAAGCUCGGAUCCAAGUCGAGCAUCGCCCGCGACGACGACGGCUCGCUGGCCGCCGAGCUCUUCCGCUUCUGCCGCGGCUUUGUCAAGGACAAGGCCGGCAUCGACGUCGACCAGGUCCUCGCCGAGGUCGACCUCAAGACGCCCGAGUCGCACCUCUGA